AUGACGUUACGACGUGCAGGAGCCAUACAUGUUGAGGUCAUCUUACCCCAGACUACGAUUUGCUCGACGCUCCCCGCACUUCCCAUCGACGUUUGGGAGCACGUUUUUGACUAUCUGGAAGACGAAGAGCUCCUAGCAUGCUCACUUGUCUGCAAAUCUUGGGCACCUAGGUGUCAGUUUCACCUCUUUACGGAACCUACAAUACUGUCGAGCGCUUCAGCUACUCGUCUUGCAAAGUUCAUGAGAGCGAAUCAACGCUUCGCGAAGGCAGUGAAAACGGUGACCUUGGAUAGUUAUGACGCAAGCCUCAUUGGGGCGUUCGCCACUUCGUUCGCUUGCGUUCUCCCCCGCUUGCAAAAUCUCACGAUUGUCUUCAUCGAGUGGUACCAACCUGGACUCGUGCAUGCAGACGUUUUCUUGCAUCUCUCCACCUACACGUGCAUCACACGACUCUCCCUCUCCAACGUGCAUCUCGCAUCGGUGCAUACUUUCGGCCGUUUUAUCUGCUCCUUCCCGAAUCUCAAAUGCCUAGAAUGUUCAGACGUAAAGUGCGGGAGUUCCUCGCUUAACUCGCCCGCGUUUUGCAUGCCUCGAUCAGGCCUGACGACGCUCGGCCUGGGUAGAGGCGUAUCAGACGGACUCGUCGACUUCAUAGUCUCCGCUCAGCUCGUUGUCGGUCUGUCAGAAAUCAGCGUCGGCUACAUGGGCGCCGCCUUUGUGGAGCCUUAUGAACUGACCGUUCAACGAUUGUUGCAAAGCGCGGGCGAUUCACUACGACAUCUCAAUCUACGCAUCACAGAUAAUGAUGUCGUAGUUUCGUCAGAUGCCGAGUGGGAGUGGGACACCAUCACCUCCGUUGACAUGGAAAUCUCCCGGGAGGUCAGAGCAGCCAUUAUCCAUGACACCUCCUUGGAAACGCUACAUCUAGGUGUUAAGCUUGAAGCAGCCAGCUGGGCUUGGAUCCUCCAAAUCCUCAGAUCGAUCUCAUCCCGUAAACUGAUCAGCGUCGUCGUGAGUGUCUAUUCAGACACGAUCAACAAUGUUUUGCACGCGUUGAAGGCACAGCUAAAUGUCCCGCUGUGUUCCGAGAUGGAUGGUGUUUUAUCCGCGGACAGGUUCAACGGACUUCAAGAGUUUCGUUUCAGGGUGAUCAGGGAAGCCUUCCCUGUUCCGCCCAAGGCCAAGUUCCUUCGCGUCCUCUCAUCUCGGUUUCCCAAAUUGGGUUUGCGAGGUGUUCUCCGGUUCAUACAACACGCCACUGGCUUCGUACCUAUGGCACAACACUGA